UUUUCCCAUCACACAAUAUUCUUUUGCGUACUACUUAGCUCUAAAAGAAACAAAAAAAAGAUGGGUAGCCUCAAACGCAAUUCCCUCUUCUUGGUCCUCUCUUUGCUUCUCCUGCUCACUUUCUCUGAUAUGGCUGAGGCUUAUAAGAAGCUUCGGCCUUCAGAUUGCAAGCCGAAAUGUACGUACCGGUGCUCAGCAACAUCACACAAGAAGCCAUGCAUGUUCUUCUGUCAAAAAUGCUGCUCAAAGUGUCUGUGUGUUCCUCCUGGUGUUUAUGGUAAUAAGCAAGUUUGUCCUUGCUACAAUACCUGGAAGACCAAAGAAGGAAGACCUAAAUGCCCUUGAUUACUUACUAUAUUUUCGUUAAGAUGUUGGGAUCUUUAAUUGUUGAAUGAAAUGCACUCUUUUUUUAGUGCAAAAUGCCCAAUCAUGGGUAAUUAAGUUAUUGAUAAUGAUCUUGAUUAAAAUCAGUUAUUGCUAA